CUCAAAAAAGUCCCAAAUCCAAAAAAGAGGGGUUUAAAUUUUCUCUCACCUCACCUCUUCCAUUCUCUCUCUAAAAGUCUCAACCUUCAUCUCUGCAAAUUCCCUCUUUUCUCUCUCCUCUAACUUCAACAAGAAAACAGUGUUGUUUUCUGGGUUUCUUCUUCACUUUUUUCUCUCUUUUAAAAAAGAAGCAAAGAUCUGAGUGAGGAGAGAGAUAGAAAUGGGGCAACAAAAUCUGAUCUACAGUUUUGUAGCAAGAGGAACGGUGAUAUUAGCAGAAUACACAGAGUUCACUGGUAAUUUCACAAGUAUCGCAUCUCAAUGUCUCCAGAAACUUCCAGCUACCAACAACAAGUUCACCUACAACUGCGAUGGUCACACUUUCAACUUUCUCGUCUCCGAUGGCUUCACUUACUGUGUAGUUGCAGUUGAGUCUGUUGGAAGGCAGAUUCCAAUGGCUUUCCUGGAGCGAGUGAAAGACGAUUUUAACAAGAGAUUCGGGGGUGGAAAAGCUGCUACUGCUCAAGCAAAAAGCUUGAACAAAGAUUUCGGGCCUAAACUUAAGGAGCACAUGCAAUACUGUGUUGAUCAUCCAGAGGAGAUGAACAAGCUCGCAAAGGUACAGGCUCAGAUUUCAGAAGUGAAGGGAGUGAUGAUGGAAAAUAUCGAGAAGGUUCUAGAUCGUGGUGAGAAGAUCGAGCUUUUAGUUGACAAGACAGAAAAUCUCCGUUCACAGGCACAAGAUUUCAGGCAGCAAGGAACAAAGAUGAGGAGGAAGAUGUGGUUUCAGAACAUGAAGAUUAAGCUCAUCGUGCUGGGUAUCAUCAUUGCAUUGAUCCUUAUCAUAGUGUUAUCAAUUUGCCACGGCUUUAAUUGUGGGAAGUAGUUCCCUUAAUCUUUUGUGGGAAAGGGGUUUUGGGGGGCGCUUUGAUUGAAAGCUCGGGUGAAAUAUGUUGCUAUAGUGGGGGGGUCUCGAAUACAUCUGUUCCUAAUGUUGAUUUCGAUGGUUAUAAUAGUCCAGACUUUUGACUGUUCUUGGUAGAAUUUCGCAUUUAUUUGCAGGCGAUUUGGAAGGUGAAUGCUUGUAUUCAAUUCCAAACUGUGGUGUGUAUAGGUUUUUAAGUAUAAAACGGGAUUCUUCUAUCGUAGUAAAUGUAUGGCUUCUUUUUUUGUAUUCAAAGCUACGGUGGAGAGCUGGUCUUAUUCAUCAUCUGUUGAUUACGAUUUUGGUUGACAAUUUAUAUGUUGGUAGUACUUUAUUUUUUCUUUA